GCUCUAAGAAAAGGAAGAAGAAUAACUCAAUAACACAACAAACAAUUUUCUUAUUUAUGACGACCAAAAAAUAAACAAAUUUUCUUUUUUAUUAAAUAAAAUUAAUAAAAAAUAAAGUUUUAACCAAGUGCAAAUUCCUUUAUCAAACUUUGACACUUCCAACAUAAGAGUUUCAUAUUCUUACCAGUAGAGACUUCUCUUGGACAAAAAUGAACCACCUCCAGAAGGUCGUUUGCCUGAAGCCACCAAAGGUCGGUUCGGACCAUCUGAGAGAUGUCUUCGGCCACAUGGGUCUUAGUGAUAAAGACAUUGUUGCCUUGUCUGGUGGUCACACCCUGGGUAGGUGCCACAAAGAGCGUUCUGGAUUUGAAGGUCCAUGGACUACCAACCCUCUCAUUUUUGAUAACACCUAUUUCAAGGAACUUCUCAGUGGAGAGAAAGAAGGCCUUAUCCAGCUACCAACAGACAAAGCUCUUCUUGAGAAUUCUGUCUUCCGCCCUCUUGUUGAGAAAUAUGCUGCAGAUGAGGAUGCCUUUUUUACCGACUAUGCUGAGUCUCAUUUGAAGCUCUCAGAGCUAGGAUUUGCAGAUGCUGACUAAGGUAGAAAUGAUGUGUUAUGCUGGACGUGCAGAGUUGGUGUGGAUUGUGUUGUGUUAUGCUACCUUUGUGAAUUGGCUGUAGAUGCAAUAAAAUGAUAAGUAUGGG